GUGGAGGUGGCUCCCCCCGUCCUGUCAGGAGGUGAGACGUUGCUGUGACUACGACUGACUCCUCAGAUGUGGAAUGUCUCCUGACCUGUCGCGGCUCAGAACUGCAGGACGCUGCCGGUGGUGAUAGAUUUCAGCAUACGUCCUGGAGUGCUCAGUUUGUAGGAACACUGAGCCCAUCUUGCACUCGGAUCACUGUGCUGGAAUCACGCUUUAUGUACAGGUGUGAUAUAGGAGGUUACCAGGUUGGAGGAGACCAUGGCAGAUUGUGGCAGUGGGACAAGUGGAUCUUCGACAGUGGGAGGCGUUACAAAUGUCUCUUCUCUUCCUCCCGGUGAUGCCCAUCUAAUCUCAUUGAUUGUUGAGCAACUUAAGAGUCGGGGCCUGUUCGACGGCUUCCGUAGGGAUUGCUUGGCUGAUGUUGACACAAAGCCAGCGUACCAGAACCUGCGGCAGAAAGUAGACAACUUUGUCUCCACUCAUCUAGACAAGCAGGAGUGGAAUGCUGGCAUGAACAAAAACCAGCUCCGAAAUGGGCUUAGACAAAGCGUCAUUCAAUCUGGAAUGCUGGAAGCUGGAGUAGAUAGAAUUAUUUCACAGGUGGUGGAUCCGAAAAUGAAUCAUAUAUUCCGACCGCAGAUAGAAAAAGCUAUACAUGAAUACUUGGAGUCUCAGCAGCUAGAGGAAGUAGCACCAGCCCCACCGCUGCCACCUCCUGAGCCAGAAGAACAAGACCCACCUGUGCCCUCGCAAAGUGCCUCUUAGAGGAAUUCCACAGGAAUCCACAACGCCAAUAAGCUAUGUUAUAGCUACCUGUAGCGGUGUGAUCAGUAGAUUACAUCAAUUUUAAGUGCAGAACUGGAAAAUGAUUUGGAGACUAGAGGUCUUCACGCUAGUGGGAGAAGUCUGUAGGUGGUUUGGGAUCGGUGGGUAAUAGCUGAUAUAGGUAGGACAGGGUGGACAUCGCGUUUGAUGUCAAAUGAACUCUUUGUAGCUGCCUAGUAAUUUUUUGCAUGUGGCAAUAUUUACUUUGGGAAAUUGAGAUCAUGUUUUCUCUUAAUGAUUUGUGUUUGCCUUUGUACAAUAGACUACCUAAUGUAUCGGUUGAAUGUACAAGUGUCACCAUUUCAGAUCGCCAAAAUGUGCUCGGCUUGUAUUUGAUUUUUACUUUUAAUACUUGCUGCUUUGAAUUUUGAAUAAAGUAUUUUUGUUGUUUGAUGUAGGCUUACACAAUGGAUUUUCAUUUAUGACUGAAAAUAAA